AUGAGAAAAAUGUUCACAUCGAAACUGCUAUCUAGAGACACAAAGAAAAAACUAUACAUUGCCUACUUGCGCCCCAUUGUCAUGUACAGAUGUGAGACAUGGUCCACGACGCAGGGUGGCGAGAAUAACCUAUUGACUUUCGAAAGGAAAAUACUUAGAAAAAUAUAUGGGCCUAUAUUAAACCCCAAUACUGGUGUAUACGAGCGAAGAAAAAACGCUGACUUAAACAUUCUGUUUAAUACAGCCAAUUUAAACGAUUUUCUAAGGUCGAAAAGGUUAGAGUGGGCUGGCCAUGUUUGGCGUGCAGAGGGUGGACUGAUAAGACAGGUACUCAUCAACAAACCAAAUAAAAAACGACCUGUAGGCAGGCCAAGACAACGGUGGUUGGACCGAGUUAAGGACGACCUGAAGAGAUUACGCAAUGGAGCAGGUAUUGAGGAUGCAGAGCAUCGAGAAGUUUGGAGAGCUUUGGUAGAAGCUGCGAAGCGCCUAAAUGGCGCGUAA